UAUAACGACAGCAGCCCUGGUGAGAACAUCUGCACAAGAGACCUGCUAGUUUUUUACGAAGUCGUUCGGUUUUUAGAGCUCAAAAUGGCAGUUCCAGUAGCUGCAUUACAACUGAGCACAUCAUCCAGCCCGGGUCUGCUGGAGCACAACAUUCACAUCAGCGACAUAGAUUUGGAAAGGAUUUCAAGUGACAAUGAAAACGACACUCUGCCUUUACAUUCUCCGUGGACUUUCUGGCUUGAUAGAUCUCUGCCAGGAACAACAGCAGCUGAAUGUGAGUCAAACUUGAAGAAAAUCUACACCGUGGAGACGGUCCAGAACUUUUGGAGAGUUUACAACAACAUACCCGGUGUCUCCAGCUUGCCACUGAGAUGUAGCUAUCAUCUGAUGAGAGGAGAAAGAAAACCACUCUGGGAAGAAGAAAGCAAUGCUAAAGGUGGCGUUUGGAAGAUGAAAGUGCCCAAAGAAUGCACUUCUGUUGUCUGGAAGGAGUUGCUAUUGGCUACUAUUGGAGAACAGUUCAGUGAUUUUUGUGCCUCAGACGAUGAAGUAGUCGGGGUCAGCGUCAGUGUCAGAGACAGAGAAGAUGUGUUCCAGGUCUGGAAUGGAAACGCUUCUUGUGCUAACGAGUCCAACAUCUUAGGAAGAAUCGAUGAGCUCCUUCCACAAAUACCUUUCAAAGCUGUGUUUUACAAACCACAUGAGGAGCACCACGCUUUUGAAGGAGGUCGAAGACAUUAGCACAUAUUGCACAUCAGGAGUCUUGAGAUAUACAUGUUUUUUUGCUUUUGAAUAUGUUUUGGGUUAAAUUUGGGCACAUUUUGAAGCAAAUGAGUUCAGAGUUUCUUAAUGUAUCAUCUUGAAGCUAGAGUAGGCUUUUUUUGUGUGUCGUUAAAUACAA